AUGGAAGCGGAAAUGCAAUCAGUUCAGUUGAAAGUGGUCUUGAGUGACUGUCAAGAGAAUCUUGUGCAAGAAAUGAUAAAAUUAUUAUCGCAGUUAAGUUGGCUUGAUUUAAAUGGUAAUGGUGUGAAAUUGUGUGCACCAAUAAAUUAUCGACAAAUGACUGACCACGAUUAUGGUGAUGUGUGGACCGAACUUACUUUACAGGUCACGUCUAAAUGCUGGCGUAUCGAUUUACUUCCGCUUGCGAUGAGAUUUCAGAUGCUUACACAGCAUUUUCAUUUUAAUUACUCUCGUGAUGUCAUUCUUCAAGUCAUACCAAAACAAGUCUUCUCAGAAAAUUGCCUAUCAGCUCACAUGUUUUUACCUUUGGACGUAAUUGAUUUUGGCAGUUUAUUCAAAGGUCGAUUUGUAUCCCAUUUUUCUCGUUCUGCUUUCAUUGGUACACCAUCAGAUCAGUUACAUAGUUUACAAAUUUUACGGAUUCUCCGAAACUGCCCUACGAUUAUUCAUCCUAUGUUUGUAGAUUUCGAGCAUGAUCGAGAUAUAUUCACUGUUCGAUUUGCUGUUUUAGAUGGUGGGUUUCGUACAAAAGUUAACAAUUAUUGCGAAAACAAUGCAGUCAACAACUCCAACACUGUUUUGGGAUCAGCUGUUGCACUGAGAGUACGGUAUGCUUCAAUUCGUCGUAUUUUGGUUGAUCAGCAAAGUUGUUGCAAACGAAUUUAUUUUCAUCUCAAUUAUCCACCCGAAAUAAGGAAGUACAGAAAAAAGUUGGAUGAAGAUGAAAAGAGAGGAAAUGCAGAUGGAAAUCGAUGGAGAUCAAUUCCGGAGUAUAAUGAUGAUAGGAGAGAUAACUGUUCAGCUAUUAAUGAAAGUCAGUAUUUUUGCUUGCAAUUGCAGCAGUACAUACCGGAAUACAUUUUUUAUGAAAUACUUAGUCGACUUCGUGCACGAGCAGUAUCAUCAAUUGAAUUUGCAAAUGUCACUUACAGAUAUUUAAGAAUAUCAGAUUAUGUGGCUCUUCCUAUACGUUAUAUGGGUUGCAAUUAUCGUACCUGUGGAAAUGGUGAAAUAGCAAAUGGUAUAGAACGAACCUAUGAACCACAGUUUCCGCGAGUUGAUCCUGAAUGUCAACGAAAAAUAAGAAGUUGUGAUGUGUUUGGUUUAGAAUAUUUGAUUGCUGCUUUACUUUCUCGUGGAGCUGUUGUAAAAGAUCAAAUUUUGAUAGAUGAUGAAACACGUAAUGCUUUUAUUGACAUGAUUCUGUCAAGAUUUAAAGAAAAUAAAGAGUUAACUUUGGAAGCACUGGAACGAUUGAUAACUAUGGUUGACGAAGUCAGACAAGUCCCGUGUUUAUUUUCAUCAUUUGAAAAGAUUCGAAAUAGUUUGCUUAAUCAGAAAAAUAUAUUGGAAGAAGUUUACCAAAUGAAUAAAAGAGAUGGAUACCUACGUGUACGAAAAGUAGUUAUAACACCAACUCGUAUAUUGCUUGUUGUGCCUGAAUUACUUAUGGGAAAUCGAGUACUUCGGACAUUUGACAAAGAUGGAAAUGCAGCAUUACGGAUACAGUUUCGGGAUGAUGAUGGAACACCACUGCGAUUAAAUACCGUGGGAUCCUUCCUAAUACAGUCAACAACUUUUAAUACGCUCGCUAGAGGAAUUUAUAUUGGGGAACGACAUUUCGUGUAUCUUGGAUCGUCAAACUCACAAAUGCGGGACAGUGGUUGUUAUUUUUAUGAUGAUGGAAACGGUGGUCAAGCGCAUAAAAUUCGUGAACAGCUAGGGAAGUUUGACCGCUGUAAUAUACCAAAAAUGAUGUCUAGGAUGGGGCAAUGCUUUACGCAAGCCAGACGAUGUGCAGUGACGUUGAAACGAAACAAAUAUACUAAAACAUAUGAUAUUAUUGGUGGACGAGAUAAAAACCAAACUUUUUACAUAUUCUCUGAUGGUGUUGGUCGAGUUUCACAAGAGUUUGCUCAAAAAAUGGCUUCAAGUGUGGGGUUGGGCUCAUUUGUUCCAAGUUGCUACCAGAUUCGUCAUCGAGGUAUCAAGGGUGUCCUUUCUGUCGAUCCAGGUUUGGAUGAACGUAAACGGUGGGCUGUUACGAACAAUAUUAUCGAUUAUAACAAAAUGACAGAUAAACAAAAUGAUUUAGCGGUGGUGUUUCGUCCUUCUCAAGAUAAGUUCAAGGCACCCCGAGAUGAAUAUAUUGAAAUUGUAAAAUACUCCAAACCGACUUCAGUUUGCCUUAAUCGACCGAUGAUAUCUAUUUUGGACCAGGUUAGUGGAAUGCAAGGUUUCUCGGUUCAUAAAAGAGUUACUGAGCGCAUCCAUGAUUUACUGCAUUUACAAAUAGCUCAGUUGGGAGAUGCGCUAAUGAGUGAAGACAAAUGUCGGGAAAAGCUUAAUGAGUUACCAUGGCACGUUAAUGUCUCACGUCUAUCACUUAUACAUGGUUUUGCUUUAACACAGGAACCAUUUUUCCGAAAAAAGCUGAUGGCUAAGGAACAAAUACAAAUACCACCAUGUCUGGGCCGAUCGAUGUUUGGUGUAAUGGAUGAAUCAGGCCUGCUGCAAUCAGGACAAGUUUUUGUGCAAUAUACAAAAAAUAUUUGGCUCAAGACUCCAACCAAAUCUACUUCGAAAAUUAUUUUAACUGGAAAAGUUAUGUUAACAAAAAAUCCUUGUAUUGUUGCUGGUGAUGUGAGAGUGUUUGAAGCGAUUAAUAUUCCUGCAUUACACCAUUUAGUUGAUGUCGUUGUUUUUCCUCAGCACGGUCCACGACCACAUCCGGAUGAGAUGGCUGGAUCAGAUUUGGAUGGCGACGAGUAUUCAGUAAUAUGGGAUUCGGAUCUCAUGUUUGAUUACAAUGAAACUCCAUCGGAUUUUACGAAAAAUAUAUCGGAAGGCAAAAUUGUAACAGAGGAUGCAGUGGAUUUGGAAAUGAGAAAGUUUUUUGUCAAUUACAUCAAGCAAGAUUCGAUUGGGUCUAUUUCAAACGCUUUUCUGGUUAAUGCUGAUCUUUAUGGCAUUACUAGUGAAGUUUGCAUUAAUAUAGCAAAGAAGCAUUCUAAAGCUGUAGAUUUUCCCAAAACCGGUAGUGCUCCUGCUCUGCUAACAAAACAAUGGACUGUGAGUAAAAGUGGUAACGUGAUUCCUCCUGAGAGAUCUGAACGCUGGCCUGACUUUAUGUCUAAAAAUCAUGAACCGAGUUAUAUUUCCUUACGAUUAGUUGGGCAGUUGUACAGGCAAAUAAAACAGUUAGACGAUGUUUUGAAUGUUACCGAAGUUCAUGAGGAAGCUACACCUGUCCUAUUAGAUCCAAAUUUGGAGUAUCCCGGUUGGGAGUGCUACAAAGAUAUUGCGCAGAUACAAUUUAAUUCUUAUCAUGCUCACAUACGAUCAUUAAUGGAAAAUUAUGGAGUUGAGGACGAAGGACAAUUAUUUUCGGGCUUCAUUAGCGUUAUUCGUAAAAGAAUUAGCGAUCGAGAUACAGAUGAUAUGUCAUUUUAUAAUACGAAUCAUGUCAUCGAGAAAAAAAUUUCGGCCAUAUUCCGAGCGUAUCGACGCAGCUUUUUUGAAGAAUUUGGUGGAUUUUUAGAAAACACAUCGCCAGAUGAUGAUGAUAUUCACAGCAGUAGUAAUACAGAAGAUCGACGUGUUUGUCUGUAUCCAACGUCAGAAAUGAAACAGAAAGCAUCGGCUUAUUACAUUAUUUGCUAUCGAGCUGCAUCAUUAGACAGAUUUCAUCGAAUUUUAUCUUUUGGUUGGCUUGUUUGGGAUAUAUUAUGCAAAGUAAAGCAGGAAGUAAGAAUGUCAUAUGAGAAGCCAAUAAUUCCAACAUUAGAUCCAUUAAGCGAAUCAGCAUCAGAAUUUAUCAGGAAUUAUUGUGAAGAAAAUGUGGAGGAUAAGAGAUAUAUUUUAUCGAGCAUCAUAAAUGGAGAACCAAGUGGUCAAAUUCUUAGAUCUUAUUGCAGUCGAUACAAUGGCCUUGAAGACUUACUGUAUAUUCUCAUCAAGUGGGCCAAUUUUCGUGGUUUACUAAAAAGGCAUCUGAAUGCAUUGCAUAUUUGUUUCUUGUUUUUACAGUUUGGUUUGGGAUAUUACAACGAAAGUCAGAGCAUUCUACAAGCAAGAUUUCUUGAGGAAGCAAGAACAUAUGAAGUAGUUGAGAGUAGUUCGCAUGAAGUAUGCAAUUUAAAUGAUCUUGUCGGUGGUAUAGGUGCAUGUUUAUUGAAAUUUCUUAAAUUUCUUGGUUCUCGUACUAUGCAGACUAUAAAAAAGCUUGAUUUUCGAAACAUUGGAUACCACUCGUUACUUUUAAGGGGACAGUGGAUGGAAUUGAAUAAGACUGCUUUAAAAACUUUUUUUGGGAUAGCUUUGGCUGGCAAAGUCAGUUACAUGUCAAUUACUGGAGCGAACAAUAAGAUUAACAGUUUGAUCGAUCAUGAAAGUUUCGGAGCAAUCGAAGCCGAUCCGUUUAUGAUAGAAUUACCUGUGGAUUCAUCCAUAUACUUUGACACGUUUCGCGAAAAACUAAUACGCUAUUCUGGUGUAAAAUAUUUAGAAAUGCGUCAAGUUUUUUAUCGAAAAAAAGAUCGUGUUAUUGUCUCGGCAGUUGGUACGUUGGAAGCACUGGAGCGUUUACGUGACUUCCUUUCCGUGCGGCCAUUUGUAAAUUCUCUUUUCAACUAUAAAGAAAACAGUGAUGUUAUUAGUCGAAUUAUACUAGAACGUCUUGAAAAACUAAAUUGA